CAUGUGAAGGGAAAGAACCGUUCUGUACCACAGUUAUCAGCCAUUGUCCCAGUCGAACGAGUCUUGCGAUAGGUUAUCACCAGUGUCAUGCAAGAUGGGGAUCAUAUUUACUCCAGUCAGCCCCUUCUGAGAUCUGACAAGAUCCCGUCCUAUGCGACACUCCGUAUACAUUCCGACUCUUCCCACUCGAACCUCCAAUUGAUCGAUUCUUAUGCACCAAUUGGGUACCCAACGCGAUGUACCAUCAUCUUGCUGAUAACCAUGUGGCUCGCCACGAUUCAAUUAUUGACCGCUAACCUCGUACAUGCACCAGGACCAAUCUGGAUAGUCCGAGAGAGUUAGAUUGGCGAGUUGAUCGUUGAUCGUCAAUUAGAUUCUCAACCAUGAUUGUAUGACCAUCCCUGCUCUGGAGUCUGCAUAUGCUGAUCCCUUCA